AUGCGUUCUGGCUUUCUGUUCUCGGUCCUCGCCCUCGCGAGCAGCGCUCUAGGUGCACCCGCUCAAGACUCCCUGAACCGGCGCGCCGAAGUCGGGCAUGACUCGUUGAGUCCCAGCGCCCAAAAGGUCCAAGAUAACGACGUCGGCAAGUCCAUCGCAAGAUUCAACCCGCUACUUCAUAUUGCCCAUGGAUGCCAACCAUACACUGCGGUCAAUGACGCUGGCGACACUGGCGGUGGCUUGAAGCCAAGCGGCAGCUCCGAUGGAGGCUGUAAAGACACCAGCAAGGGCCAAACGUACGCCAGGGGAACAUGGCACAAUGGCAGGUUCGCCAUCAUGUACGCGUGGUACUUCCCCAAGGACAUGCCGAACGACGGGGUGUCGGUCGGGUCUCACAGACACGACUGGGAAAGCGUUGUCGUCUGGCUGAACAACCCGGCGGUUGCCGAUCCGACGAUUUUGGGAGGUGCUGCCUCUGGUCACGGCCAGUUUAAGAAGACGGAGACCCCUCAGAAGGAGGGUGACAGUGUCAAGGUGGAAUACUUCACCCAGACCCUGACGAACCACGAACUUCAGUUUACCGACACCACUGGCAAGACUUACCCGGUGCUCGAUUGGGAUGCUAUGCCAGCUGCCAUGCAGACUGCUCUGAACAACACGGACUUUGGCCAGGCCAACGUGCCGUUCAAAGACGAGAACUUCACGGAGAACCUGGACAAGGCCUCAAUUUGA